GGUUGUUGAGGAAGGAGGAAGAAGGGAAGAAGAAGGACGCAAAGAGGAUGAUUGUGGUGGUUUGUGGUUGAUCGACGAGAUGACAGGGGUUAUGGUGGUGGUUCGUCAUUCAUGAAUUGUGAUGCUAGAUCUAAGGAUUUUUUAAAAUAAUUAAAAAAUGUAUUAUAUUGCAAAACUAGCUCACAAAAGGGACUGAUUUACAAUGGUUCGUCAAUCAACAUGAUUGAAUGGGGUUACCUCUAAAUUGUAAACUAUUACUCCGUAUAUUUUUUGAAAACUUGUAUUCUUAUGAACUCUCACUUAUCUAAUUUCAUCAAAUUUUCUCAAUUGAACAAUUCACCUACUACUUCCGUUACAUUAUUUUCAACGAUUAGACAUUUUUCCUCUAUACUUUAUGUCAAAUCGUUGCAAAUAAUUAUUACACAAAAAAUAAAAAAAAAAUAAAAAAAUAAAAAAAUUACACACUCAUCCUUAAAGAAUAUCCAUCUUGAAAUGCUUAAUGCAAAAUUCAAUUAAAAUUAGAAACUCACACUCCCAAAGUAUCAAAAUCCCACUUACCAUCUCUACCUCUUCGAAUUUCGACUCUUUGAUCUCCAUUUUUGUGUGACCGAAUCAAUUGCAAAUGUCGACAUGAUUAUUCAUUCAAUUACAUAAGCAAGUCUUCAAAAAUCAAAUUUACUCAAGAAAAAAAAAAAAAAAGGAAGUUGUUGAAUUUCCAGAUGAUGAAGGUGUCACAACAUCAUCGGAGUUAUUACUCCCACAAAUCACCGACAUUUAUCUCCUUGUUUGUGCUACUCCUACUCAUUUUCUUCCCUCAUCUUUUCUCUCCCCUCGCUCGCUCUUAUUCUUCUCUUUUCUCUGAAUGGAAUGCGCCCAAACCUAGGCAUAUGCGCCUCUUGCAGGGGGCAUUACAAUGGCAAACUCCCUUUCGACAGCAGCUUGAGCUGUGGUCUCCUUUGCCCCACCAAGGAUGGAAAUCAUGUCAUGAUACCAAAAGUACUCCCUUGCCUGAGAAGUCGCAGGGCUAUAUACAAGUGUUUCUUGAUGGAGGAUUAAACCAGCAGAGAAUGGGGAUUUGUGAUGCCGUUGCUGUUGCUAAAAUUUUGAAUGCAACUCUUGUAAUCCCACACCUGGAAGUCAAUACAGUAUGGCAAGAUUCAAGUUCAUUUUCUGAAGUAUUUGAUUUGGAUCACUUUAUCAGUAGUUUGAGGGAUGAAAUUUCCAUAGUUACUGAGUUGCCUGUUGAAUACUUUUGGAGCACUAGGGAGUAUUAUGGCACAGGUAUACGAGAAACCCGAAUUAAGACUGCACCUGUCCAUGCAUCAGCUGACUGGUAUUUGGAGAAUGUAUUACCUAUAUUGCAUAGGUAUGGAAUUGCUGCAAUUUCCCCUUUCUCACACCGUUUGGCUUUUGACAACUUGCCUAAAACCAUUCAACAGCUUCGUUGCAAGGUCAACUUUGAAGCAUUACUCUUUGUUCCACAUAUUAGGGCAUUGGGUGACACCCUUGUCAGCCGAUUGCGCUCAUCUGGUGAAUUUUCUGGACAGAGGGAAAAGUAUGUUGUGCUGCAUCUUCGGUUUGAUAAAGAUAUGGCAGCACAUUCAGCUUGUGAUUUUGGUGGGGGUAGAGCUGAAAAAUUAGCUCUUGCAAAAUAUCGUCAAGUCAUUUGGCAAGGAAGAGUUAUGAAAACUCAGUUCUCUGAUGAAGAAUUAAGAAAUCAAGGACGUUGCCCAUUGACACCGGAAGAGAUUGGGUUGUUGCUUGCAGCUUUAGGCUUCACCAAUAACACUCGCCUUUACCUGGCUUCCCAUAAGGUAUAUGGCGGUGAAGCCAGAAUAUCAACUCUAUGUACGUUGUUUCCCCGUAUAGAAGACAAAAGGAGUCUUGCCACUGCUGAUGAGCGUGGGAAGGUUGAAGGCAAAGCUUCAUUGUUAGCUGCAGUGGAUUAUUAUGUGAGCAUGCACAGUGAUAUUUUCAUCUCUGCUUCUCCAGGAAACAUGCAUAAUGCGAUGUUGGGUCAUCGAGCAUAUCAGAAUCUGAAGACUAUAAGACCAAACAUGGCAUUGCUAGGCCAGCUUUUCCUGAAUCAGAGUAUUAGUUGGCAUGACUUUCAGAAUGCUGUUGUAGCUGGGCACAAAAAUAGGCAAGGACAAAUUAGAGUGAGGAAGGAGAAACAGUCCAUAUAUACUUACCCUGUUCCUGAUUGUAUGUGCCAAACAUAAUCUAACUUGACUUAAGCUUUUCCUGUCAUUCAUUUUGUUCUUCCUCUACGAUAUUUUAGCAAUGCAGAAAUCAAAUUCUACAUUAAUGAGCAAAUUUACACUU